AUGACCACCAUCUUUUUUACAUCAAUUGUCGCUCUUUUUCUUGUAUUGACAACUUCUGUGGUUGCACUUCCACAAGACAGCAGCGGUUACUAUCUCAGUCUUUUAGGUCUUGAUGCUGCCGGCUACUCAAAAUAUACAGCAUAUCUUGCAACUCUUACUAUAACAACCCCAGUUGCCCUCGAGUCUUGGAUUUCAAAGUAUUCAGGUGAAACAAUCACCGAUUAUAAUGAAGCCCUAUCAGCCUAUAGUGAUUUCCCCUUUUCUGCUUACUCAAACUUUUUUACUCAACUCUAUCCUACUUCAAUCUUUACAGACAUGAUCUAUUCAAACCCUUAUGCCUCGUUCUAUAGCGGUUAUCUUGCUUCACAAACUUCACCUGGAGCUCCAACUGCUGAAGCAACACCAACAGUCACAGUCUUAUCAAAUACUGUGGCUUCUACUCAGGUCACUCCCACUGAAAUUUCUGUGUCACCAAGUGAAACGCCUAUAAACACUCUGUCUGAUUCUUCAGCUUCUAAUACACCUUCUGUUACCCCUACAGUAACCUCUGCUGCUUCUUCAGUUGCUUCUUCAGUUGCUUCUUCAGUUGCUUCUGCUGCUUCUUCUGUUGCUUCUUCUGUUGCUUCUGCUGCUUCUUCUGUUGCUUCUGCUGCUUCUUCUGUUGCUUCUGCUGCUACCUCAAAAGCUAGUGGCUCGUCUAAGUCGGAGUCAAAAUCUUCUUCUUUUUCUUCUGUAGCUUCCGCCGCUUCCACUCCGGCCUCUUCAGGAUCAUCUACUACUGAGUCUUCUAGUGCUAGUUCUACAGCAUCUAGCAAUGGUGUAGAUUCAAGAAUGGAUUCUUUUUCUAAUUUUAUCUUGAUAACAAUGGGUAUUAUCGCAAUGGCUCUAGUUUAUUAA